ACAACAACAACAUCAACAACAUCGACAACAGUUACUGUACAGGGGCCGCAUGGACCUCCACACCGGGCUCCUCGGGGGCCUCGGGGCCCUCGGGGGCGGGGACCACGCCCACCGGGACACGCUCACUCUGAACCUGCUGCUGAUUGGCGACAGGCAGAGUGGGAGGAGCUCCGUGGGGAACGCUCUGAUUGGGGGAGAAGAGUUCCAAACCGGCCUCGGCGUGACGCCGGAGCUCCGCCUCCUCAGCCGAAACUUCCAGAGUUUUUUCCGAAGACAGGGGGCGGAGUCAGACCUCACCCUAAGGGUGGUGGACACGCCCCCUGUGUUGCCCCACCCACAGGGCGUGCACGAGCUCUGCCCCGAGGGCGUGCACGUGCUCGUGCUCGUCGUGAGAGCCGACCUGCCGCACGACAACACACACCUGGAGGAGCAGAUGGAGAUUCUCUUCGGGCCUGCGUGGCGGCGUCACGCUUUACUCGUUCUCACGCACGCCGACCACCUGAGGGAGGCGGGGCUUCAACCGUUCGACUACCUAACGCAGGCCAGCGAUUGGCUGAGAGCUCUGGCUCAAGAGGUUGGAGGAGGAGUCUCGUUCUUGGACAACACCUGCGAUUGGCCGUCGGUCAGGGGGCGGCCCCUGAGGGACCGGUUGCUCCGCCUCUCGGCCAGGAACCACCACAGAGCGCUGACGGUGAGGAGGUCUCACUCGGACUGAACUUCAGAGGAACUACAACCUGACUCAGGUUCUACCCACAACCACCUGGGAGAGGAACGGUUCUUUAAUAUCCAAUAUUCAAAGGGAACCUCAUUGAAUAGUAAAGGUUCUUUAACAGAACACCUGGGGGUUCUAGAGGAACCUUUUGAAGAUGAAAGAGCAGGAGGUUCUCGUUGUGUUUUUAUCUUUUAUUAUCUCUCAGUUGAUGGAUCUUCU